UUUUGAGUGAAUCUCGUCAUUGUAGCUCUCAGCCCAGAGAAGGAAAGGAACAAGUUUAACAUGGGUAGAGCCCAGAGACUCUUAUUACUCGAUAACUGAUUGUUUGAGGAUUAGUGAUAUGAUACAAUUGCAUCAACAUCGGGAUCAACAUACAGCUGUCUUGUGUUUCAUGGUACUCAACAUUUUAAUCGAACAAGGUGAUUGAAUGAUAUACACCUGACCUAAACAACCCUUUAUUUGGAUUUACCGGAUCUAGCGGAUCUAUUGGAUUUAUUCUUCAAAAAUGGCGUGGUUAUCAGUAACUAUUUUACUGGUUACUUUGAUGUUUUCUGGAGCUCUUGGCUUAUCUUUCAGGAACCAACCCGAUACAGUGACAGUAUAUGCAGGAGAUACAAUAUACAUGCGAUGUGAUUUGAAUUUGGACGGGGUUGCUGGAUCGAGUGUGUCUGUGACUUGGAUUAAAUCUGAUAAUACGAACCCUCAGACCCAGUACAUCAGCAUUCGAGGACACGUUGUACACACCUACACGCGGUUCAGCAUCGCAGGGGACUCGAACCUUGGUGAACAUGACCUGAUGAUUCGCAAUGUGGACUAUGAGGAUGCGGGCAUGUACUGGUGCCAAGCCUCCGGGGCAGGGGGAGUCAUAGAGUCCGUUGCGGGAAGGUUGACGGUUCGAGUCCCUAUCCCGAUUCCUACAUGCUCGAUGACCCCGCCUCAACCAAGUGUCGGUCAGCGGGUGACCGUUAUUUGCUCACAGCAGAUGCAUCCCAGUGUGAACUAUGAAGCGCUGAAUUGGUGGAACGAGACAUCGCGAAGUAAGAUCCGAACACAGGGACGAUAUUCUGAUGGAUCCAUCUUCUUCACCAGGUUACUCUCUGAUACUGACCAAGGUCAGCAAUUCGUCUGCAGCCAAUCCUCCGUCUUUGUCGAAGGCGAGAGGAACUGUACGGUUGUUCCCCUUCCAGCAAUUGAGGUUUCGACAAUAGCGAAUCCCCUUGAGACUAUCGUCAUGAACCCUACAGUAAAAUAUGUUACAGAAGGCAGCAGCGCAAUGUUUGGUUGCCAGUCCAGAGCGGGACCAGUGGCGCGAUGGGUGUUCGGCUACGGGAGCCGGGCGUCGAAAAUACGCCAAACAAGGGGUAGGUUUCUCGUCUCUGCUGAUCGGUCCGAAUUCACAGUCAUUCGGACGGCUCUAAACGAUAACGGUACAGCAGUGAGAUGUAUUGUGAUUCUGCCAUCUGGGGUUAAACUGAUAGGAGAAUCCACAUUGAAGGUGCUACCAGCUGAUACUCAACCUGCGGCUGUUAAUCCAAGGAAACCCCCUCCACCACCCCCUGUAUCAACCCGCCAAACGUUUCGUACCGAACAACCUCCCAUUAUCCCUACCAGAAAGCCUUCUACAGAUCAGGAACCUAGUACAGACGGAACGAGCCAUGGUGCGAGCAAUGCAGCUAAUACUGAAACAGAUUCGCACCCGAACUUAUCCGGCGGAAAAACAAUCGUCAAUGGGCAAACUACUACCAAAAUGCCAACGGCGACGUCGAAGACAACGACAAAGGCCGCAGAGACAUCGACGAGACGAGAUGUUGUUCAGAUCGGAGCGAAUACUGACAUUGAUUCGGGUGUGAUAGCCACGGAAGCAAAUGUUAAUCUGAAUCAUGCAGGAGCACCUAAGAUCCAGACGGGUGGAGGAUACAGACAAGGAGGGGGUAACACGCAUCAGGUAUCCAACAAAGAUUUACCUGACCAAGAAAGUAACGGUUCAGGGAUCGCUGGAGCUAUCAUUGGCUCACUGCUCAUCAUCGCGCUAAUAGUCCUCAUUAUAUUCUUGAUAAAAACCAAGCGGUAUCCGAAGAGUGUCCCAACCUGGAUCCCUCCUCAUGUAGUAGCUGCUCUAAAGAGACCGAUAGACAUGGUUAAGAAGUCCGGCUCGGCAGGUGGUCAAAGCGGAAGCUCUGUAAAAUCAUCCAAGAGGAAUGCACAAAUGCGCAUGAAAGAAAUUGAAGUCGUUGUGAACCCGCCUCCUCCAGAAUGGCAGUUUCGUCUGAAGGAUGUUGAAAGUAACAGUGGUGGUCAGGUUGGAGGUUAUGCUCUUACUCCUCGCCAGUCUCACAUGAUGGACGGACCAGUAUACGCCAAUAUCACUCCAGAUCUCUCUAAAGCACCACCUGGUCAAGACGAGCACGACCUUGACGACGACGACCUCGACGACGACUCGGUAUUUUCAUCUGACUUUGACGAUGAUUUAGACCUCGAAGGCGAGAUCGCAGCAGAACUUGUUGCGAGGUCAUGUGAAUCUGAAGGAAACACUGAUGAAUUUAUUGAAGAGAGAAAGAGUAAGAAUGUGGAAGGACUGGUCUAUGCUCAGUUAGACAUGGGACCAAACGCCAUAAAGAGAUCGACAGUGUUUAUCGAAGGAGAAAAGACUCAAUAUGCUCAUAUAAAAGUUGGAAAUUCUGCAAAAGCAAAAUAGUUCACAAACAAUGCACGUGAAACUUUUUUUUCUUCAUCAUGCAAUAAAUGUGGAUAAAGGUGAACUAAUGUGUUUACCUGCGGACCCUAAAACUCCAGCGGCGAGCGACCAAAAUACUUGAAACAUUUUUCGCCUUCACCUUUUCUAGAAAACAAAGAUAUAUGAAGGCGAUUGCUGGUGAUGUACUUUUGCACAAUAUACAUAUGGAUAAAGAAUGUGUGAUUGUUAUUUACUACAAGAGCACGUGACUUUGUAAACAUGAUAAUAUUAUGAAUUUAUCCCAUUCGGACGAAAAUAUGACACUCCGUAUCAGCCAAACAGGCAUUACUGGAUGCUACUUUAUAUAUAACAAUGGACAUUUAGCGAUUAGUAUUGAGGAGAUAUUUGUGAUAUUCUGAUUAAAUUUCUUUAGAGGUUUCAUAUUUAAUGAAUAAGGUCACUUUCUGCUACAACUUGUUACCAAAACUUGUUACAUUCAUGAGUAUAUUUUCUACUUUGUACUACGAUUAUAUAUUCGUUUUAAACUUGUUACAUAAAGUGACGCACACUUAUUUUAGUGAAUAUGAUUUAAAUAAUACAUUCAUAACGAGGAAGGGUAAUGUCAUCGUGACUGCGAUUAAUAUGUCUGCCAAUUAGGAUAACGUAACAAAAUGGGGAACCAAGUUUACCAACGAUCUUGUAGAAAUAUGUGCGUCUGUUUGUAAGGAAUCCGAGAAAAUAAUAACACUCCCAGUGGUAUUUCCGAUAACUAAUAACAUGCAAUAACAGACAUUGUCUGUAUGAGAUGUAGCAAUACGAAUUAUUAUUCAUUAUUUGAUACAGUUGACGGUGCUAUUCAACAUCUUCAAAAAACCUGUCAUGUGAUUAUAUCGUGUGUAACAUAUAUGGGAGAAACGUUAUGGAUACUUUAAUCAUCCAAAGUUAUUCUAGACCAUUUAAGUUAUAUUGAGUACAAUAUUGUUUAUUGUUGGUAGAUAUUGCAUAUUGGAAAGAAACCAAUCGAAUAUUAAAUUCCUAGAAUAUAUUGCAAAAUGCUGAUAAUGUAGGAAAUAGAUAAUAAUAUACAAAUAGAUUUUGAACUAACAAUUAACUUUUAAAAACCCACUAAAUCUUCAUGAACAUUACAAAAUACUGGAAAGCUGUUGAUACAGAUGAGACUUAAAAGAGAGUAUUAGUCGUGUCUAUCUUACUGUCUAUCUGAAACUCUCUUUACCGUGUUUGAACGGUUUAAUGUCAUGUAAUUUAAACUUCAUUAUAAAUUAAUAUCGUUAAAAUGUUAAUGUCCUUUCCAUAUACUGGCCUCAAACCAAUCAGAAGUUUGUACAAAGGGUCAGCUGGUCGAAAUAUAUUUCAUAAUCAUCUGGAUUAUAGCUAAAUGUUAAAUUACGUUGACCCGAGAUCUAUGCCCAAAAGACGACUUCCAAAAUAUGUUUAAAAUGCAACUUCCUCAUUGACCAUAAGUUCAAAUAAUUGAUAUCCAGCAACUACUACUUU